UUUUAGCUCCAAGUCUGCAGCCGCCAACCUUUCCAAUUUCAAUCUUCACUAGUCGCUGGCUGACGCCCCCUAUUUCUUAUUCAACUCUCAACCCUACAACCUUCAUUCGCAGAAAGCCGCUGUCCAAUUUCCCCAUUUUCCCUUUUCCGCCGCCGCCGCCGCCGCCGGGAUGAAACCCCCUACCCUCUCCCUCCACCACCACCACCGUCUUACCAUUCCCUUCCUCCACAGGCCUACCAGCAUUUCUCUUUCUCCCUCCCCUCGUGUCUCCAAUGCCCCCUUCACGGUCCGCAUGUCCCUCAAAGAAGAUGGCCCCUCCGUCGCCAUUGUCGGAGUCACCGGGGCCGUUGGCCAAGAAUUCCUGUCUGUUCUAUCCGAUCGAGACUUUCCAUACCGGUCCCUCAAGCUACUGGCAUCCAAACGCUCCGCUGGAAAAACCCUCACUUAUGAGAACCGAAACUACACCAUCGAAGAAUUGACCGAAAACAGCUUCCAUGAUGUUGACAUUGCUCUCUUCAGUGCCGGCGGGAGUAUAAGCAAGAAGUUUGGACCUAUAGCCGUUGAGAAGGGCACCAUUGUGGUAGAUAAUAGCUCGGCAUUUAGGAUGGACGAGGGGAUUCCGCUUGUGAUACCGGAAGUCAACCCUGAGGCGAUGGAAGGCAUUAAGCUCAAGAGUGGAAAGGGGGCGCUUAUUGCAAAUCCAAAUUGCUCCACUAUUAUUUGCCUCAUGGCUGCCACUCCAUUGCAUCGUCGUGCGAAAGUAACACGAAUGGUUGUCAGUACUUACCAGGCUGCGAGUGGUGCAGGUGCUGCAGCAAUGGAAGAGCUUGAACAGCAGACUCGUGAGUAUGCUUUUAACUUAUUCUCACAUAAUGCGCCAGUCCUUUCAAAUGGAUACAAUGAAGAGGAGAUGAAAUUAGUUAAAGAGACAAGAAAAAUAUGGAAUAAUAAGGAUGUCAAAGUUACUGCCACCUGUAUAAGAGUACCUGUCAUGCGUGCUCAUGCUGAGAGUGUGAAUCUUCAAUUUAAGACACCUUUAGAUGAGAACACAGCAAGAGAGAUUCUCAGCAAUGCUCCCGGUGUAGUGGUUAUCGAUGACCGUGCAGCCAAUUACUUCCCGACCCCUCUAGAUGUUUCUAACAAAGACGAUGUUGCAGUUGGAAGAAUACGACAAGAUGUUUCCCAGGAUGGCAACUAUGGGUUGGACAUUUUUGUUUGUGGCGAUCAAAUACGCAAAGGUGCUGCUCUUAAUGCUGUCCAGAUUGCUGAGAUGUUGCUAUAGACAUGAACUUCAUUUUGUCGUGAGGCUUGAUUUCGAAAGUAUUUAUGGUUAGAUGUUCUGUCUUAUUUCCCAAAAUCCUCAAACUGGGGAUAAGUUGCCGGGGAGAAACACACACUCAAAAUUUUGGUAGCUCGGUGUCUUGCAUUCUACAUCAUUUUUGUGUAUUUCAAUGAAAAAAAGAUUUUUCAUCUUUUAGCUGGA